AUGGAUAAUGAAGAUUCUGGCGCCAAGUAUUGGGCUGUCACCAUAGUUGAUGGGCACACAGUGAAGGGAGAAGAUGUCGGCAACAAUUUUUUCCUGAGUAACACCAGCAUUGGAAAGAACAGGGCACAGGCUGCCACAGAGCUGCUCCAAGAACUUAACAGUGAUGUUUGUUUAAACUUUGUUGAAGAGAGCCCUGAACAGCUCCUGGACAAUGAUCCAGAGUUUUUCUAUAGAUUUACCUUGGUCAUUGGUGUCCAGUUGUCACAAAGUACGUGUUUGAGACUUGGCGCACUUCUGUGGAGUGCAUCUGUACCAUUUCUAGUCUGUAAAGCCUACGGCCUUGUUGGCUACAUGAGACUAGUGGUUAAAGAACAUACAGUGAUAGAAUCGCACCCAGACAAUACCUUGGAAGACCUAAGGUUAGACCAGCCGUUUGUAGAAUUUAAAAAUCACAUUGGCUCCUAUGACUUGGACACCAUGGAAAAAAGAGACCACAGUCACACACCGUGGCUCAUCAUUGUUGCCAGAUACUUGGAGAAAUGGCUCUGUGAGCACGACUGUCAACCACCAAAAGUUACCGGGAGAAAAGGCCUUAGACAGUUUAUUCGAGAAGGGAUCUUGAAGAAUGAGAAUGGUGUACCUGAAGAUGAAGAAAACUUCGAGGAAGCCAUAAAGAAUGUCAAUACUGCUUUGAAUCCAACCAAGGUUCCUGAUGUUAUUACCAACCUCUUCAACAGUGAAGAGUGUAUGAACAUCACAUCAGAGACUCCACCCUUCUGGGUGAUGCUGCGAGCUGUGAAGGAGUUUGUUGACAAUGAAGGGAACGGCAACCUGCCUGUGCGUGGAACCAUUCCAGAUAUGAUGGCAGAUUCUCAGAAGUUUGUCAGCCUUCAAAAUGUUUACAGGGAAAAGGCCAUGCAGGAUGCAGCAGCAGUUUCAAAGCAUGUACAACAUCUGUUGCUGUCUGUUGGAAAGCCAUCUGAAAGCAUCUCUGAAAAUGACAUCAAACUAUUCUGUAAGAAUGCAUUCUUUCUGAGGGUGGUGCACUGCAGAUCUUUGGCUGAAGAAUAUAGUGCUGAUUUAAUAAAUAAAGAUGAAAUCACCUCUUGCAUGGACAGUCCAGAUAGUGAGAUGGUCCUCUACCUCAUGCUUCGUGCUGUUGAUCGCUUUUAUCAGCAGCAUUGUCGCCACCCAGGCGUUUAUAACUACCAGGUGGAGGAUGACAUCAGCAAACUGAAGCUCUGUGUCAACAGCCUGCUGCAGGAAUACAACCUCAACAUCAACAUCAAAGAUGAUUAUAUCCAUGAAUUCUGUCGUUAUGGCGCCGCAGAGCCGCACACAGUUGCUGCAUUUUUGGGAGGAUCAGCUGCUCAGGAGGCUGUCAAGAUCAUCAGCCACCAGUUUGUGCCCUUCAACAACACUUUUCUUUACAAUGCAAUGUCUCAGACCUCUGCCACAUUUCAGCUGUAAAUGUAGUUACUGAGCUUCACUCUGCUUCAAGAAACCUGUUCACUCAGUUCAAAUUGUAAACUGCACCUUCAUCUUUUGGAAAGGAAAAACUGACUGCAUUUUAAAACUUAUAGUUGGAUUCAUGCUCCUACUUUAUGUAUUUACUUAGAAUUGAUCUGAGCUUGUAAUGAACAAGAUCACAGAAUGCUUUGAGUAAACAUCAGUAGAGCCUCGCCAUCAUCACAGAAGCUCUUGAAGAGAGAUUGUCAUUUAGCUUUAGAAAACUUAGAUGUGCAACAAUGAAAAUUAAACUUGCAAAUCAAAGCUUAAUUAAUGUAAUUUUUCUUUUUUUAUCUCCCAUUCCACAUGUACAGAUGAUUAAAACCUAGACCAAAAAG